AGAACCAGAAACUAACAUGACGCAGAACCAGAAACUAACAUGAUAGUAGAACCAGAAACUAACAUGAUGGUAGAACCAGAAACUAACAUGACGUAGAACCAGAAACUAAGUGGGUCUGGGGUUAGAACCGUCCAUACAGGUACCUGUUAUGUGGAUCAGUUCUAUGUUCUGUCUGCAGAUCUUCAUGAUGAGCGGUGGAGCAGCUGAACAGAGACGGAGCAGCUCCAGACCUCCACAGCCCAGAGACGAGGACGAUGAUCACUUCUACGACUGCCAGGAGACUCUGGAGCCUCCAGAGGGGGGCGGGGCCAGCAGAGGGGAGGGCGGGGUCAGUAGGGACGAGGGCGGGGUCAGCAGCCAAAUGGACGUUCAACAGGACGCCACUGGGAUGAAGAACUGUCAGCUUAACAUGAGCAGAAGAAACGACAGAGGAGGAGAACGACAGGUUCUACAGGACGACAGGCUGCAGGACGACGGGCUGCGGGAUGACGGGCUGCAGGAGGAGGUGCAGGAUGAUGGGCUGCGGGAUGACGGGCUGCAGGAUGACGGGCUGCAGGGCGAUUCAGAUUCGGAGAUGAAGGAGGAUGUCGGCCCGGCGGUGGAGUUUGACGAUGACUACCUGAGGGAGGUGGAGAAGGAGCUGACAGAGGAGGAGAAGGAGAGUCGACGGCAGCAGAGUUUAACUCUGAAGGAAGAAGGAAACAGCCAGUUUAAAGCAGGAGUGUGUGUCUCUGCAGACUGGUCAGCGGCGGGGCAGAGCUACACAGAGGCAUUGGUUUUGUGUCCAGUUUGUUUCAGCAGAGAGAGAGCCGUGCUGUUCUCCAACAGAGCUGCAGCAAGACUGCACCUGGACCUGAAGGACCAGGCGAUCUCUGACUGUAGCAGAGCGAUAGAGCUGAAUCCAGAAUACCUGCGGGCGUUGCUGAGGAGGGCGGAGCUUUACGAGCAGACCGAGAAGCUGGACGAGGCUCUGGAGGACUACAAGAAGGUUCUGGACCGGGACCCAAACCACCCCGGAGCCAGAGAGGCCUGCAUGAGGUUGCCUCAGCAGAUUCAGGAGAGGAAUGAGAAGUUGAAGGAGGAGAUGAUCAGUAAGCUGAAGGACCUGGGUAACAUGAUCCUGCGUCCCUUCGGACUCUCCACCAACAACUUCCAGGUGAACCAGGACUCCUCCAGUGGCUCCUACUCCAUCAACUUCGUCCAGAACCCCGGCAACAGAUGAUGUCAGCGUGACAUCACCACGGUCAGCGAUGACAUCACCAGACCUGCCUCUCCUUUAGUUAUUUGAUGUUCCUAGCCCAGAUCAGUCCCUGAUCCACUUAUUGAUCACAGAGACUCCGUUAUUGAUGACUGUCAGCUGUCCAAUAAUAAAACCUGAUUAAUAAAGAUAUUAUCAAUCAAACUUUA